UAUAAAAUGGGAAAACAUCGUUUAUAUUCAAUCCAGGAAACUUGUUUAUUUCGGAAUAAUUUAAGGGUCGCGCUUUUAGUGAUCUAUUUUAAGCGUAGUUUUAAUGAGCUGUAUAUAUUUUUGGCUAUGUUUUAUUCAUAGGCUUAUCAUUUGUCCUGGAGGGGUAAGCAGAGGUGUUAUUAAUACACCCGCUUUUCAGACUUAUUUUCGCCGCGUGUUAUAAACAAGCUAUGUUAAUCAAAAGUGAUAUUAGAAAGAUCAAACUUAACGCAGCGGUUCGCUGGCACCGACUCCGCGAUUGAACAAAUGGGCGAGCUGCCGAUAUUGGUGUUCAAGAACAAGUCCAAGCUGGUCGAUGGACCCGCUUUUCAAGGAGAACUCAAUGAGCUCAGAGCGAGUAUAAACGCCGGAACAUCGAUGACAGAAGCGGUCGAAUGGUACACCAACGCUAAUGCUGCUCUGCUGAACCAUCUCACCAAGGAAAUAAAAGAUACUGACAGCAGCACUAUAUGGAGGUAUUUGGUGGGCUUCAAAAAUCUACUACGCAGCAUCGAAUGCAAAGGAAUAGCUUCUGUUCUUGGCAUUAACUACUUCGCUAGAGGAUAUCUUCAAGCUAGAGCUCAUGAAAGAUAUAUUACCCACAUGGUGUUGGGUCGAGAUCUGUUGGACAACACGCUGAACCUGGUGCCAUCUCUGAUACCGCUCCACAAGGACAUCAAAGAAGACAGUCCAGAGUAUCAAGACUUGGAGAAGAAAAACCAGCAAAUCGUUGACAAUAAGCAUCAAGAAGGCAGCGUCACGGAGGCUAUUGAAUAUUUCGACCAGACAGCCACCUUUCUAGACAAAUUAAGAGCUGUGCAGAAGCAGUUGAGAGAAUACAUAAGAGAUGGAGUAACUGAAAGCCUGACUGAGGCACGAAGAAGUGAGGCAGUGUGUGCAGGCAUACUGAUUCUCGUGUGCGUAGUCUCACCCAUUAUAAUAGCGCUGGUCAAAAACGCCGUGAACACAAUCCAGGUUUAUGCGAGGAAUCUAUCAGAGAAGGCCAAGGAGCUGGAACAUGAAAAGGAGUUGAGCGAUUCUCUGCUGUAUCAGAUGCUGCCACCAAGCGUUGCUAAGCAACUUAAGCAGACUCAACAGGUGCCGGCGGAAUUCUUUGCUUCGGUGACAGUGUACUUCAGCGACAUCGUUGGAUUUACAGCCAUCGCAGCUGUUUCCACUCCAUAUCAGGUCAUCAGCUUCCUAAAUUCAGUGUACAAGUUAUUCGACGAGAGGAUCGAGUGCUAUGACGUGUACAAAAUUGAAACUAUUGGGGACUCGUACAUGGUAGCUUCGGGACUGCCCGUGAGGAAUGGAAACAAACAUGCUACAGAAAUUGCAAGUAUGGCCUUGGAGCUCUUAGAGGCGACUUCGAUGUGUCGACUGCCACACCGACCUGAUCAGACGCUGUGCAUGAGGAGUGGAAUUCACACUGGACCCUGUGUAGCGGGUAUUGUGGGUAGUAAGAUGCCAAGGUACUGCCUCUUUGGAGACACAAUAAACACAGCCAGCAGGAUGGAGAGCACUGGAGAACCAAUGAAAAUCCAAAUAUCUGAUGAUGUAAAGAAGGCCCUAGACAAGACAGGCAUGUUCAUCACGACGCCUCGAGGGGUGGUGGAUGUUAAGGGUAAGGGUGAGAUGACCACUCACUGGUUGGAAGGUCGCACGGGACCUUCGCCAGCAAGACCAGCGCCUUCCCUGGAUUGCACUCCCAGCUUCUUAGCCAGGAUCCACUCUCAAGGACGAGCUUCGCCAAGAUACAAACCAGAUACGAAGCUUCAGCAGUAGAUUUUUAUACCUAUUGCUGUUUACUGCUAUUACCAAUGUCAGUGGGGUGAGAUAAGACUUAAAGAAUGUGAAGAAUCGAAAUUUGGGUUUUAGCAUUCACGUGGAAUAUUUAGCAUUUUUUUGUUCAGUGAUCUCCUAAUUAUCAUAUCUUUUUCCUCAUUGUAUUCCAUGGUGAGGUCAGCGCAACAUGUUUUGACGCAUGUUGCAUUUUGCAAGUAAGUGCUUGGACGUCACCUCAAAUGGAAGAACUAUUUUAGAUAUUUAGUAAAUAAAUAUCCUAAAGGGUUAAUAAAAUCAUAAUCUAAUUGACUUGGUGUUGUAAAUUUUCUGAAUUAUUGUGUGCGAAUCGAUCUAAUUUUUGAUUCUUUUCAUGGCUAAAGUCAUAAUAUUUUGUAUUAAUUCUGUAUUUAGCGAUGUGUGACUGGAAGUCCAUGUAAUUCUGUACUUAUACAAUUUAGAUGUUAUGGAUUUGAGAGUAUAGAUUUUAUAGUAAUAAGAUAAGCGGAUAGUUCUCAUUAUUGGACGAAAUUGAAGUACUAUCCACAAGUCAAUCUUUAGUUAGUUAUUAAAGAUCAGUCCAGGGUAAAUUGUAUUAGAAAAUACACCAAUUGUAUCGAACCUAAAAGCUCCUGAUCUUCAAUUCCUUUUAUUUAUUAAUUACACAGUGUACAUCAUACCUUUGAACUACUUUGAAAAGAGCAACACUAGAGUUUUUUACUUGUUCUUCUCUGUUAGAAUCUGUUUUCCAGACUAGAGCUAGAAUAUAAAUUGACAACACCUAAAUGAUAUUUAGAGUAUUUCAGAAAUAAAUUCGUUCUUUCGAAUAACAUAUAGUAUAAGUGUAUUUAGACAAACAAAAAUAGAUGAGACAGAAAAAACGCAAUAAUAUUCAUUAAAUUAUUUCGUUACGUACAAUUUUGAGAAAUAGUCCUAUGUUUAUGGAUUUAAAUGAAUUAUUGAAUGCACUAAGGACACGAAAAAAUUAGAAAAACUAUGUACAGACCGUUAGUUCUGAAUUCACUGCACUUUAUCUUCAAUAUCCACGCAUAGACAUAACCAUCCAAGACGCCAUAAUUUUUAGUUUAAAAAAUAUGAUAAACAAGAACACCUACCUAUGUAAAAAUAUUUAAUUGUGUAUUAGUUUGUUUUAUUUAACUGCGUCCAAUUGUUAUUAAAAUGUUCAUAGGCAGCAUUGAUUCAUAAAAAAAUAUUCGAGUUUUGAUAAAAUGGCCAAAAUUUAAAAAUAUCACCAAUGCUUCCUACGAACAUUUUACAUUUGCACAAUUGCAACCUGCUUUUAAUAAAUGUUUUAUAAAUACAUUUUAUUAAUAAAUGGAU